UAGAACAUAUUUCUUACAGUAUCAAUAAAUAUUGCUACUACAUUAAUAAACUUAGUUAGAAUAAAAUAAGUUGAUCAAAACACAAAGGAUUAACGAUUAAUAAUAAAUUGAUAAGAUAAUCUGUUUGAUAAAAAAAAAAUACAUAGCACUAUAAUAAAAAGAUAAGACACUUUAUUCAGUCCCGUCACUUCGAUCGGCUGGCUCUAGUACAAAAAUGAAAAUAUUUAUAAGUGUCAUCACGACUUUGUUGUUGAACCCGAAUUCUAUGUCUGUCUCAGGAGUGGAGACGAUACCAGAUUCAAUAAAUCCCGUGUGCUUCCAAUUCACGUGGCCAGGCCCCAGAUAUGACAACACCAGUCAAAUUAAUAUAGAUUGUAAGAAACACAACGAGCCGUGCUUUAAACCGAUUGUUGCUACACUGCUCAACUCAUCGUAUUUCUGUGGUAAAGUUAUUGAAGACAAAACGGUAGCCAUUGAUUACGGUUGUUAUACCCAAAAGAGAGAUGGGCAUACGAUAGAAGUAUGCGCAUGUAAAUCAAACGGAGGGCAUAUUCCAUGCAAUUCGUCGCCGGAAAUUAGUAAUUCGUUGAAUAAACUCAUCAUUAUAACAUUUUUUAUAAAUUUAAUUACUGAUAAACUAUUAUUAGCAUAAAU